AUGCAGGACCAUCUAAAUUCCGCCUGGAAUCGGCUCGCCGACGGGCUAGAAGCUCGGCGCUCCCAGCUUGCUGAAGACGCCGGCUACAUCGGCCUCUGUCUCGAGUGCCAACAGACCGUCGGCUGGAUGCAGGAGAAGCUGGAGACGGUGAAACUGAUGACCGAGACAAAACGUUCUGGGGGCGCCGAAGGCCGGUCGGCGGCGCCGGUCUCGGAGGUUCGACCUGGACUGGGCGCCGGGUCACCGACCGUCGUCGAAGUGGAGCUGCGCGCAAUCGAGGCCCGACUCAGUGAACUCGGAGACCGGAUACGUCAGAGCGUGGAACACAGACGACAACUGGCCUCGAUAGCUCUGGCCUCCGGGGCAGGUGAGUCGGCCAAUUCACCACCGCAACUCACCUCAAGUGGGCAUCGGUUCAGGCAAGGCACGUCUGGCCUCGAACGCUGGACCUGGCCUCAGUCUGAGCCUCAGUAUGGGCUCGAACAAUGCGAUAUACGCAUGAUCCAGAGAAGCAUAUCAACGAAGAGCUGA